AUGGAAUCCUCUUCACGCAAGCGAAAACUCCCGCUCUUCUACCCAGAGAUCGACCCUCCCCAUCUGAAAUACACAGAAGCGGAUCGCAUUCGAGCAUUCAGAAGUCAACCCCUCGAUUUCAUCAAAAGAUAUCUCAUUCCUAAAGGCCCUGACGAAGCCGUCCUACUCCCUCCCAUCAUGCACCUUGCGUGGCUUGUCGACCAAGACCGUAUGUACGAAUAUGCCCUUGCUCAUGGCGUCAACGCCAUGGUCUACGAUCAUGACGGCGAUCAUCGCAACUAUUUCGAUGCCUGCAAUGAAGCUGUAAACUUCAUGCUCGAGGAUUUUGGCAUACCGUAUGACCCCCGCAUCGAGAUCGUUUACGUCUGCAAGGGCGACUACAAUCCUGACGCCAUCGAUCCGGAAUAUGAUAAUUUCCACCCCGCCCUAAGUAUCGGGACCAACUACCAAGGACUCAUACCGGAAGAGCAAGCCGAUAAACUGAAGGCUUUUCUUGCUCCUGGCGUCCAGCCCCGUUGGUAUUUGGAUCAGGAUGAAUGGAAUUGGUCGAAAGCGCCUAAACGAGCAAAGUCGAAUGGGAAAAGCAAACCGAAAAAGAAGACCCCAACCCCUUCCAACGACCUUGGCGCAAGCUCGUAG